AUGGUGCCGCGUGGUCAUGCUGUUGCCGGUGCUUGUUUGCUCCAGAAUCCUUUCUGUGUCCAGGUUUUCUAUAAGAAUAAGCCACAUCCUCUCCUGAGCAACAUCAGCCACAGCCAUACCAACACCCUCUACACAUCAACAUUGCGUCCUAGAUCCAGCCCAUCACCCAAACACACAGAAACAUCCACCAAAAUGCCUACCUACAUUGUUACUUGCAAGGAGGAUGCGACCCCUGAGCAGGUCGACGCCGCAAAGAAGCAUGCCGAGGACCAGGGAGGCAAGAUCGGCCACUCUUACAACCUGAUCAAGGGGUUCUCUGUUGAUUUCCCCGAAGACUCCAUCAGCACGCUGGAGAGCCACGAGCAUAUCAAGGCCGUCGAGAAGGACGCCCCGGUCAAGACCCAGUAG